AUGGGUGUGGACUACUACAAAAUUUUGAAGGUUGAAAAGAAUGCCACAGAUGAAGAGCUGAAGAAAGCAUAUAGAAAACUUGCCAUGAAAUGGCACCCUGAUAAAAAUCCCAACAAUAAAAAAGAAGCCGAAACCAAUUUCAAACAGAUAUCCGAAGCAUACGAGGUUCUAAGUGAUUCACAGAAGAGAGCGAUUUAUGAUCAAUAUGGAGAAGAAGGACUCAAAGGCCAAGUACCACCACCUUCUCAAGAAGGUGGUGGCGGGGCUUCGUUCUUCCAAACUGGAGAUGGAGCAACAACGUUUAGGUUCAAUCCGAGAAACGCAGACGACAUGUUUGCAGAGUUUUUCGGAUUUUCAAGUCCAUUUGGAGGAAUGAGUAAUGGUGGAAGUGGUAUGAGAGGUGGUUCUAGAUCCUUUGGUGGAAUGUUUGGUGAUGAUAUGUUUUCUUCAUUUGAUGAUGGUGGUAAUAGGCCUAUCCACCGUCAGGGUCCUCGCAAGGCAGCUAAUAUUGAAAAUAGGUUGCCUUGUAGCCUUGAAGAGCUCUAUAAAGGUACCACCAAGAAGAUGAAGAUCUCAAGGGAAAUUGCAGAUGCAAGUGGGAAAACUUUGCCUGUGGAGGAAAUCUUAACAAUAGAAGUGAAACCAGGAUGGAAAAAAGGUACCAAAAUCACGUAUCCUGAGAAAGGAAACGAGCAACCAAAUGUGAUACCAGCAGAUCUUGUGUUUGUGAUUGAUGAGAAGCCACACAAUGUAUUUACAAGAGAUGGAAAUGAUUUGGUUGUGACACAGAAGAUAUCACUUGCAGAAGCUUUGACAGGUUACAAUGUUCGUCUCACAACAUUAGAUGGAAGGGUUCUGAACAUUCCUAUAAACAAUGUGAUUCAUCCAAACUAUGAAGAGGUUGUUCCAAAGGAAGGUAUGCCUAUUCCAAAAGAUCCUUCAAAGAAGGGUAAUCUAAGGAUUAAAUUUAAUGUUAAGUUUCCGGCAAGGUUGACAUCUGAACAGAAAGUUGGGAUCAAGAAACUUUUGGCAUCGUAG